CAUAGAUACAGAGACACUUGACAUCAGGAAGGUGCUCUCUCAGCAGAACAGAUAAUAUCUCAAUGACUUGACAUGUUCUGGUUGUGAAUUCAGGCUACAAGGGGUCAGUGCUUUGAAAUGAGUCUCUCUGGGAAGAGAGAGGAGGGGGGCCCUGUCUCUAAAAUGAGUCUCUAUGGGGAGAGAGAGGAGGGGGUACCUGCCUCUAAAAUGAGUCUCUCUGGGGAACAUGACACCAAAGCCAAGAGCCCAAUCAAGCAGGAGAGACCAGCCUCACCAGUGCCCAGCGGUCUGUCCAUGAAGAGUGACCGGUCUAUGGGUACACCUAUACGGUUUAGAGAGGGAGACUUUUCUACUGAACAAAGAAACCAACAAGAGAGAUCAGAGUCAAAGAUUGUCAGUGGUCAGUCUUCCCAGAGUCUUCAAACAGACCUGGCCUCUAUAUUCAGUUUGCUUGAAGAUAAUAUUAUGACAUUUGUAAAGAACGAGCUGAAGAUGUUCAAGAAGAUUCUUCGUCCAGAACUCCCAGAAGGCUUUGAGAGACAUAAGCAGGAUAAGGAAGUGGAUGCUGAAGAUGAGAAGCAUGAGAGCAGUGCCAGAGAGGGGGCUCUGAAGAUCACACUGCACGUCCUGAGGAAAAUGAACCAGAAGGAGCUUGCUGACACACUGGAGAAAAAUGAACUUGCUGUGAUUUGCCAACGUGAACUCAAAUCUAAUCUAAAGAAGAAGUUUCAAUGUGUAUUUGAGGGGAUCGCUAAACAAGGAAACGCAACACUUCUCAAUAAGAUCUACACAGAGCUCUACAUCACAGAGGGUGGAACAGGAGAGGUCAAUAAUGAACAUGAGCUGAGACAGAUUGAGACAACAACCAGGAAACAAGCAAGACCAGAGACUGCAAUCAAAUGUAACGACAUCUUCAAACCCUUAACUGGACAAGACAAACUUAUCAGAACUGUGCUGACAAAGGGAGUCGCUGGCAUUGGAAAAACAGUCUCUGUGCAGAAGUUCAUUCUGGACUGGGCUGAAGGAAAAGCAAAUCAGGAUGUCCAAUUUGUAUUUUCAUUCCCUUUUCGGGAGCUGAAUUUGAUGAAAGGGGAAAAACACACUUUGAUUGAACUUCUCAAUCACUUCUCAAUGGAAACCAAAGAAUCACGAAUUUCCAACUAUGACAAGUACAAAGUUCUGUUCAUCUUUGAUGGUCUGGAUGAGUGCCGAUUGCCCCUAGACUUCCAGAAGAACAAGAUCUGUUGUGACGUCACAGAGUCAACCUCAGUGGAUGUUUUGCUGACAAAUCUCAUCAAGGGAAAUCUGCUUCCCUCUGCUCUCCUCUGGAUAACUACCCGACCUGCAGCAGCCAAUAAGAUUCCUUCAGAGUGUGUUGACCAGGUGACAGAGGUACGAGGGUUCAAUGACCCACAGAAGGAGGAGUACUUCAGGAAGAGAUUCAGUGAUGAGGACCUGGCCAGCAGAAUCAUCUCACACAUAAAGACAUCAAGGAGCCUCCACAUCAUGUGCCACAUUCCAGUCUUCUGUUGGAUUUCUGCAACAGUCCUUGAAGACAUACUGAAACAUAAGAGAGAAGAGGUGCCAAAGACUCUGACUGAGAUGUACACACACCUUGUGGUGUUUCAUACCAAACAUCAGAAUGAAAAGUAUCUUGGGAAAGAAGAGACAGGUCCCGACUGGAAUAAAGAGAGCAUUCUGUCACUGGGAAAACUGGCUUUUCAACAGCUUGUGAACGGCAAUCUGAUUUUCUAUGAAGAAGACCUGAAAGAGUCUGGCAUUGAUGUUAAUGAAGCCUCAUUGUACUCAGGAUUGUGCACACAGCUCUUUAAAGAGGAAUGUGGUCUGUACCAGGACAAGGUGUACUGCUUCGUGCAUCUGAGCAUUCAGGAGUUUCUGGCGGCUGUAUAUGUGUUCCUUUCAUUCAGCAACAACAAUGAGAAUCUUAUGACCAAACCUCAAUCAACAUCCAGGAACCUUUUUGCGCUGUUCAGAAACAAGCCUGGAGUUACUUUCUACAAGAGUGCUGUGGAUGAAGCCUUACAAAGUGAGACAGGAAACCUGGACCUUUUCCUCCGCUUCCUCCUGGGCCUCUCACUGGAGUCCAAUCAGAAGCACUUACGAGGUCUACUGACAAUGACAAGAAGCAGCUCACAGAGUCAUGAAGAAACAGUCAAGUACAUCAAGGAGAAGAUCAGGGAGAAUCCUUCUCCAGAGAGAUGCAUCAAUCUGUUCCACUGUCUGAAUGAACUGAAUGACCAUUCUCUAGUGGAGGAGAUCCAAAGCUACCUGAGAUCAGGAAGUGUCUCCAGUGAUGAACUCUCACCUGCACAGUGGUCAGCUCUGGUCUUUGUGUUGCUGACUUCAGAAAAGGAGCUGGAUGUGUUUGACCUGAAGAAAUACUCCAGAUCAGAGGAAGGUCUUCUGAGGCUGCUGCCAGUGGUCAAAGCCUCCAGAGCUGCUCUACUGUCGGGCUGUGGAGUCACGGACAAAGGCUGUGCUUCUCUGGUCUCAGCUCUGAAGUCAAACCCCUCACACCUGAGAGAGCUGGAUCUGAGUAACAAUGACCUGAAGGAUUCAGGAGUGAAGCUGCUCUCUGCUGGACUGGGGAAUCCCCACUGUAAACUGGAGACUCUGAGGCUGUCAGGCUGUGGAGUCACGGACAAAGGCUGUGCUUCUCUGGCCUCAGCUCUCAUCUCAAACCCCUCACACCUGAGAGAGCUGGAUCUGAGUAACAAUGACCUGAAGGAUUCAGGAGUGAAGCUGCUCUCUACUGGACUGGGGAAUCCCCACUGUAAACUGGAGACUCUGAGGCUGUCAGGCUGUCUAGUCACAGAGGAAGGCUGUGCUUCUCUGGUCUCAGCUCUGAAAUCAAACCCCUCACACCUGAGAGAGCUGGACCUGAGCUACAAUCACCCAGGAGACUCAGGAGUCAGACUGCUCUCUGCUGGACUGGAGGAUCCACACUGCAGACUGGAGAAACUCAAUGUGGAACAUGGUGGAGAGAACAGAAUGAAACCUGGACUUAGAAAAUAUGCCUGUGAUCUCACACUGGACCCAAACACAGCACACAGACUCCUCCCUCUGACUGAGGAUAACAGAAAGGUGACACGUAGCAGAGAGACACAACCGUAUCCUGAUCACCCAGAGAGAUUUGAGGUCUGGCAGCAAGUGCUGUGUAGAGACAGUCUGACUGGGCGCUGUUACUGGGAGGUAGAGAGGAGUGGGGGAUUGGCUGACAUUGGAGUGACAUAUAAAGGAAUCAGCAGGAGAGGAGAGGGUAAUGACUGUGUUAUUGGAUCCAAUGACAAGUCCUGGAGUCUGUUCUGCUCUGACAACAGUUACACUGCCAGGCACAAUAAUAAUCCCACUACCAUACCGUCCCCCUCCAGCUCCCACAGAGUAGGAGUGUAUCUGGACUGGCCUGCCGGCACUCUGUCCUUCUACAGAGUCUCCUCUGCCACACUGACCCACCUGUACACAUUCUACACCCCAUUCACUGAGCCCCUCUAUCCAGGGUUUAAGGUUAAUGAUGUUGACUCCUCAGUGUCGCUGUGUCAGGUGUUCAUGGGGCCAAAAAAGACAUGAUGUUUCACUCUAAUCAUGUGUUUUAUGUUUGAUCACAAUAUGAUCAUGUAAAUACAAUUUAAAUGCAUGGAGUAACACACACACCAAAUUUGGACCAGUUUAUUCCUGGAAAUAAUAACCAUGGUAACUCUGUGUCAAUGGACACACACACUCGCACACUGGACACACAAUAACACACACUGGACAAACUGGACAAACUGGACACACACACACACACACACACACACACACACACACACACACACACACACACACACACACACACACACACACACACACACACACACACACACACACUGUAAGUGAAAAUGUUAAUUGAAUGUGCCCAUAACUGAGUAUGUGACUAACCUUGUGAAACUGUCCUAUUAUAGUGUCCUGUUCUUCUGAAUAUUUGUAGAUUAGAUUUGUAAUAGUGUUAUAGUAAUGAAUAAAGUUCAGUUCCAGCUUCACACUGAAACAAAAAACCAUAACAAUAAGAUAAUAAUAAUAUAACCAGCCAGGUGAAAUGAUUUGCUGUAUUCCUGAACUAAAGCACCAGUGCAUGAACAGUUGUAAAGGAUGAACUGCAUAAUAUAUAUAUAUAUAUAUUAAUGACAAGACAAGAUCUAAAAACAGUCAUUUGUUGAUUGUGUCAGACGCUGUAGUUUCCUUAUACCUGUGACUUUUUGUUCUGUUUAAACGUUUUUUUUAAAGGUGUAGAUCAGCAUAAUAUUGUGGAAAGAAUGUUGCUUCCAUCAA